AGACGGCAUGGCGGCGGGGGCCCCACUGCUGCUGCUGCUAGUGCUACUGCUGGAGGCGGCCGCCGCCCCCGCGGACCAUGCUGAAGAACUGUCCCUUGCGGUGGCGUGGCUGGUGCGCCGCUGGGCGCCGCUCGUGUGGCUGCACCCGGAGGAGCGGUUCCUGCCUCUGUCGGUGCCCGAGUUCCUGCAGCACGUGGAGGCGCGCGGCGGGGACUCGGAGGCCGGCUUCCUGGUCGCCCACCAGCCGCUAGACUCGCUGCUGGCGAACGGGACGUCGUUCCUGCACGGGCGGGACCCCAGCUCCGGCGACGGCGUGCCGGUGUACGCGCUGGUGCGGCGCUGCAACGGCUCGGGAGACGACCAGCCCCUGAGCUUCCACGUCACCUACUGGAUGUUCUACCCGUACAGCGAGGGCAAGCCCGUCUGCACGCUGCUGGGCCUGCUGCCCCUGCCGCAGCUGCGGGGGCGCUGCCUGGGCUCGCGCCUGCAGUUCGGCGGCCACGUGGGCGACUGGGAGCACCUGAGCCUGCUGUUCCAGGGCAGCGGACCGCCCACGCAGAUGUACGUGUCGGCGCACGACGCGGGCGCCUACUACGUCUUCGACGCGGCUUCCUCCGGCUUCGUGCUGGAGCGGCAGGAGGUGCGGCGCGGCGUGCUGCAGCGACCGGCCUUCCCGGCCAGGGUGGAGCUGGCCGCGCCCCGCGGACACCCGGAGCUGUUCGCCGCCAGGGGCUCCCACGGCCUCUGGGCCCAGCCGGGCCGGCACCAGUACGUGGCCGUGCCGCGGCUGCACGACGAAGCGGGCCGCGGCGCGCCGUGGCGCACCUGGCGGCGCCUGCAGCUCGUGGGCGACUCCGAGCCGCGCUGGAUGGCCUACCGCGGCCGCUGGGGCAACCCGCGCAGCGGCUGCCACCCUCUGGCGCGCCGCCUCUGCCGCUCCAGCGACGGGCCCACCGGCAUCCCGCUCAAGAGGCCCAACUUCUCCUGCCCGCCGCCGCCCUAGGCCCGAGCAGUGCCGAACCCCGCGGUCGUCGAGUCGCAGGAUACUGGCCGGUCACCUCAAGUUCAGUGGCGUAGCCGGGAUUCGUGUA